UGAUAGCGGUUUGCCAAACGCCAAUCAACUACAAAGGAAGGAGAAGAACCCGGAUAUGGGAUAUGUUUUGGAUUUGUACACGGCGGGAAGUGUGUCAGUGUCUGUGGAGUAAACACCAGUGGAUGGUGAUUCAUUUUGACCAUGCCGUCCAAACAGCAGGAUGUGGCCAAAUCCAACAUCUCCCCCGUGCUGUUCAUGUCUUUGGAUGGCGAGCCCAUGUCUUUCUACCUACGGCCAAGUCUUGUGAAACGUGAGCUCCAGCCGCUCAUCACAGCUGGAGGAGGACUGUUGUGUAACACCCAGCAGCCAGGAGCGAUCCUUCUGCUUGACCCGGGGGAGAAAGGGUCCAUCACACAAGCUACCGCACACAGGUAUAUUUCCACUCAGUAUAUCCGUGACUGUGUUGAGAAAGACGAACAGCUGGACGUAGAGGACUACAGGUUAAGCCCAGAAGAUGUCCCAAAUCAGUCUGCUAAACUAAACAGUAGCAGAGAAGGCUCUGCUGCAUUCUCAGGAGGCAGGGCUGCUUACACAUCUGAAGAGGAUGCUGCCAUCAUGAAGUUUGUCAGUAAGCAUAAAUCAGAGGUUGGGGGAAACCGGCUCUGGCAGGAGAUGGAGAAGCUGAAAGUGACCAGCCACAGCUGGCAGUCCAUGAAAUACCGUUACAGAGUUCGACUGUCAAAGACACAAUCAGAUGCUGUGGAGGAGAAAAUACAAGAGGAGGAGACCGAGGCAGCAGAAGAAGAGAUCAAGGUGGAAGAAAAUCAGGAGACAGAUGUAGAGAAACCCUCCAGUGCAGAAGAUGCUCCUUCAACACAUUCAGCAGAGUCAGACCUGACACAGAUAGAUCCCCAGUCUGUAGCAGCUGACAGCAAACAACUAGACAUUUUUGAAGCUCAGAUGCCAAUCUCAUUGCAAGAAGAAGAAGUGAGCACACAGAUAGAGGAACAACUCGCAGAGAGCACAGAACCAGAGACUGAAGAAGCUGAAACCUCCACCACCCCUCUAGAAGACUCUGUUUUAAACUCGCAGACAAAUUUCCACCUAUCUCUACCUGAGAGCCUAGAAUCAGAAACACAAGAACAACACAUAGUCAGCUUCACACAAAAAGAAUGUGUGCCAGAGGACUCUCCUGCAGCUCAUUCUGUGUCCCAGGAUGCCUCUUGUCAGGAAAAGCCGAAAGAGAAGCGAAAGCCUGAGCCUGAGCCUGAGCCUGAACAAUUACAGCGUCGAUUAACACGCCGUCAGCUUCAGCUUGAUGACUUAUUGGGGCCUGAACCUUACGGCAAAAAACUCAGAUCCUCAUCUUCCUCUGUAUCAUCUUCUCCCCGACUCUUGAGGAAAAUCAAACCAGGUGUUAGGUCUGCCUUUUGGAGAGACACGACAGCGGAGCAGCCGCCUUCUAAAAGAGCCAGAGGCAAGGGUGCUGCCGCAGUGCAAGACAGUGAGGCUGCAAUGCAAGAGAGUGCAGCUGCAGAGCCAGAGAGUGAGGUUGCAAUGCAAGAGAGUGAGGCUGCAGUGCAAGAGAGUGAGGCUGCAGUGCAAGAGAGUGAGGCUGCAGUGCAAGAGAGUGAGGCUGCAGUGCAAGAGAGUGCAGCUGCAGAGCCAGAGAGUGAGGUUGCAAUGCAAGAGAGUGAGGCUGCAGUGCAAGAGAGUGAGGCUGCAGUGCAAGAGAUUGCCGCCGUGUUGGAAGUGAUUGCAGCUGCAGUGCAAGAGAGUGCAGCUGCAGUUCAAGGGAGCCGAGAUGAGGAGAGUGGACCAGCUAACGUUAAGGAAACAACAAAACCAGAUGCAGAAUCUAUUUCAGUGCCACAGAAAGAAGGAAAGAAAAAAGAAAAGAGAAAGUUGGGGAUUCUUGAGGCGGCUACAAAGGAGUUUGAGGAUGACAGCGAGUCUGAUGGGGAUGAAUCUCCAGAUCUACAAAACCAAACUAAAAUAGAAAAAAUAAAGCCCACAUCCUCAGACCCCCCUUCAAACACAGCUGCAGACCCGUCUUCCACACAGUCCCAUUCUGGGAGUGUACCCGGCCUCCAGGAAGUUGUGCCAGAAACCCAAAGUCAGGCCUCCACAAGCAACUUCCCACCAGAGACUGUCUGCCCUCAACAUGCAACCUCUACACCGGCAGCUCCUGUGGCCAUCAAUGCAACCAGCAAGCCCCACCUGUUCAUAUUCGACAAUGAAUCUCAAGAGGAAGACUCUCAGUCUAUCAUUAGUAAGGAUAGGGUAGUUCCAUCAAAAAUGAAGGAAACUGUGAUUAAAGGCUCUCCUUAUUCGCUGACCCAGGCACAGCUGGAAGAGGACAAGCGAAGAGUCACAGAGCUGAUGAAGCAGACAAACCAGGAUUUAUUCAGUGUGACCAAAGCCCUCUUGAGGACCAGUGGAGACUUCUCAGCUGCCUUAAAUCUGCUUUUGAAUCCGGGCUGCAUUUCAGGACCCUUUUGGGAUCGCCACGAUGAUAAUCUCCUGCUCUCAGCUGAUCCUGAGGUCCGACAGCAGCUGCAAGAAAAACACGGUGAGGAGGCACUUGUGAAAAGAGUCUUGUUCCUUGAGGUGGAGGGAUGAAAAUGAAAGAGAUUAGUCUAAAUAACGAAGAGAACAGAAGAACUGAAAGUCAUCUAAUAUACUACCCAAGGCAUUUCUCUGUGCUGUGAUUUUUUAAAGACGUUAACCUCUCUGUCGUCUCAGUUUCUUCUGACAAAUUGAAAACAUAAUAUUGGAACAUUUGGAAUGAAAGAUUCUUGGAUAGUUUUACUUGAUACAUUUAAGAGAAAAUCAGGUUAAUGGUAUAACUCUGUAUGAUGACAGAGUACUUCAAUGUGUAAAAUGUUCUUUUAUAAGCUUUUUAAUGUUUUUUUGUUUGUGUCCCACUGCAUAAAAAUGGUUGUAGGUUUAAAAAUUGCAAUAAAAUAAACUCCUUUAUAUAAA